AUGGAGGACCAGCAAGUGCAACAGACACCUCUUCGGAAGCGAUUCUUGGACCAGGUCCUAUCGUCGAACAGCACUGAGAGACCCGCAAAGCAACAGAAAGACGAAGCUGUUUGCGGCAAGGGUGAGAAAGCCCUCGAUAAGAUCCUCGUACCCGACACUGAAGAUGAUGGUUCAAGCACAUUGCACAACGGCGACCUUCCAGGCGCACUGGAUAACGGAAUUCUGGGCACUGGUGCCCGGGAUGACCCUAUCAGGUUUCCGACUUGGGAGUCAGGCAACGUGAUAUCAAGCAAGUGUCACGGAACCUUUAUUGAGCUCUCAGACGACGAAGACGAAGGGAACAAGAACCACAGUCAUCGUACGACCUCUCCCAAUGCCUUCAAGUCUGUUUGCCCGCUUCAUAUCACUGGGAAAGAAAGCGCCGAGUCAACAGGAGCAAUAGCAUCACUUAUGCGGAAACAGGCGUCCCUUGGACCUAGGUCGCCCCUCUCCGUCGACAGUAAAAGCUCCGCAGAGAAUGUCAUUAGUACAGAUGCAUUGAUGCUUUUCGGUCAUCUAUUGAAGAACCCCAACCGCCUUGUCAAGCUCGAGGAAUAUGAUCUUGAACAUAGCGACGACGAGUUCUUCGAGUAUCCUUUCCCGGAUGUUGCACCUUCAAUCAACGGAAGAUCUGGGAACGUUUUUCGUAGCGGUGUCUCAAAGCAAGCUCGCGCCAAGGACCGAGGAAAGCAGCCAGUGUCAAUGGCAGUAGCUGCAACAGAAGACAACUUUUUCUUCGUCCCUGCUGCACAGGACCGAGAUGAAGCUGACGACUCCGAUUUGAUCAUUGCAUUUGAAAAGUCAAAACCUGCAGGCACGCUUGACAAGCCUUGGAUGAUCUCCGUGCAAGAAGAGCACGAGGAAGCCCGCGAGUCAAACAGGGUGAGAGAUUCCUCGGACAUCGAAAUACAACCCGGCCACUGCGGCGAUCUUCUUUACGCACCAAGUGUCGCAUCAAUGGCAUAUCAAGGCUCAGAUUCCUUAUCAUCAGCAAAGACGCAAUUGACUGCAUCUCGGGCGCCACUAGAGCUGGCCUCAAGCAUCAACUGGAACAAGUCUCUACCCUUAGCCACCAGAAAGCGACUCUUCUUUGACACUUUCCAUCACCUACAACGUGCCCGUCUAGAGAGUUCCAUUCAAGGAUACUACUCCAACAUCCAAAGCGGCAUAUCCAUAACUGAAUGCUGGCUCUACACGGGUAGUAAGUUGCCGAAACCUCCAAUCCAAGGUCUCGCCAUGUCUGUCACAUUGCGCUGUAACGGCCAUACUGAGCGCUUGGGCCUCAAUCCCCUUAUGGUCAAGUUGCUCUUAGAUGGAAAUCUGAGUCAAGAGCAGAUUGAUGGCGUCGUGGAGCACUCGUGGCAUACUAGCCAUCUCUGCGGCAAUUGGACAUGCUUUAACACUGCACACGUUGUCCUGGAGCCUGGUUCGGUCAACAGCAACCGGAAUGCAUGCUUCCAUGACAUUGAUGGACCAUGUUUCCAUAUUCCCAGAUGCCUGAAGCAUCUGAAGCUAGACAAGAGUCUUCUUGGGCGAGCCACCGACCAAGCAAGUCUGAACGUAACUGCGGCGAGGAACGGGCAUUGGACUGGUGACAACGGCGUCUGUGAACGGGAGACCUUGAAUUUGAGCGGGUGGCUAUCUGCCCUGCUUCUCGGUAAAGACGCGAUGAAUGGGUACGCAGAGGUGGUAGCUAAUGAUAUGUCUGUGUUUCGCAAGCGGUUGACAAAUGGAUGA